AGUGUUUUAGCAUCACGAAUUUCAUCAUCUGGACAGCGGUCCUGACAGGCUGAUUUUUCAACAAUUAUCAGGUUGCCAUCAAACAUAUCUGAAGUGAAUCAUCCAAUAGAAUGCGUGGAUAUCAACAGGGAUCAGAGGAUAACGACGAUAUGCAUUGGAAAAACAUUCCACCGUGUGACAGCAUGAGCAGGCAUAUAAAUAGCCAGCCUUCUUCCCCGCAUCAUUUGUAUUCGUUAUCCGGAUUUAUUUUUGACAAUCUGAUCAUGUCGCUAUUCCCACGAACCCACCUCCCUCUACCAAUAUCCAGACUCCAACAUGGCCUCAUCCAGCGAUCAUGCCAUACAACCACUCAGUCUAUACUAAAUCGCUCAUUUUCAUCAAAAUGUCAUUUAUCUUAUAAUAAUAAUACUACUACCCACAAACAAUCUGAUCAACCUCCAAGUCGACCCACAACCAGUUCACCAGACAACGAAGUAUUCGCCUCUCUCUCCUUUGAAGCCUUAGGAAUAAACAAAAAUACCAAAAUAUUUAUCUUCAUCGUCUUUGGGAUCCUGGGUACGAUAGAAACGGUGUUUUGGUGCCAGACGAUUUGGCGAUGGUGGAAGCGCAAUUCUACAGAGGGUGAGGAGUUGGAUUAGACAGAGAAUCAUGUAAAUGAUAAAUAGCCAGCUCAAGGGCCCAUAAUAUGGAGUUUGUAUUUAUCAGACCCUGUGUUGUACUUGCGUGGCUUACGCCUGGCCAGCGUGUUCAUGGCCAG